CCGCCAAAUUCUUCCAUUCUCUUCCGCAGACGCGCCAGUUCAUCAUCAGUCCUCGCUCGUCCACUCACCAAACAAGCAUUCACUCAAAAUUUCGCACUCAAACGCCCACUGCCUCACAAACUGACCGUCCAGCAGGCCAACAAAUAGUUGCACUUGCCCCAACAUCAAGCAUCCUGUUAUCAAGAGCACAUGACCCCAGCGGCUAGCAUUCUUCGACGAAAGACGGACAUGACAUCCUGACAGAGUUUCAGAGCGCUACGACACCGUUUCUUUGACUUCAUACUUCCUGAUUGAUAGAUUAGCAUUUCUUGUACCGAUACUGUACAAGCCUCCACGUAGAAUACACUGUAUACCACUCUGAAAGACUGUACCCACAACAUACACUCGGAUAGAGCACUGCCGCAUUACAUUACAACCCAACAAAGCACAACAAAGCACAACACUUCAAGCAAUCACACCACAACAAGCAAACAUGGGAAUGCGAGACGUGCUCCAGAACCUCUUCCAAACCAAUCCAUCCUCCAACAACGAAAGCGACAUGAUGUUUGCCAACUUUCCAACUUCUUCCUACGGCACUGCCAAUGACGAGGAAAAGCAUCCUGUUUUGGAAGAAUCCUCCACCUACUCGACGGACAGCAGCAGCGAAGCCUCCCUCCCCGGUUCACCCCAGCGACAAGGCAAGAGCAGUAACAAGAACAAGUCUUCCUUGACCAUUUUGCAACUGGCCGUGCUCAUCUUUUACUCGGUCAGUGGAGGGCCCUUUGGCAUGGAGGAAUCCGUUCGCGCGGCAGGACCUUUCUACACCCUCUUGGGAUGUCUGGUGGCACCCCUCAUUUUUUCGGUCCCGGAAUGUCUCAUGACGGUUGAAUUGAGUUCCGGUGGAUUUGCCUCUUCGGCAGCCGGAUGUGCAUGGGUCGAAGAAGCCUUUGGGAAUACGGCGGGAUUCUUGACGGGAUAUCUGCAAUGGGUUUCGGGGGUCACGGACAAUGCCAUUUAUCCCGUGCUCUUUUUGGAAUAUCUCCUGCAAGUCUUUCCCAAUGACACUUUGCAAAGCGAUGAGGGAUCGAAUAUUACCAAGUACAUGCUCAUUACCAGUAUCAGCGUCGGAUUGUCCUAUCUCAACUGGUUGGGAUUGGAUCUAGUCGGCAACAUGUCCAUUGUCGUUUGUGGCAUUGCCAUGAGUCCCUUUGUACUCUUGAUGAUGUUUGGAGCUACCAAGGUGGAUCCAGAACUGUGGUUCCAAGUGCCAACGGAUUUUAUGGAGGAUAUCAGUAACAGCACCAUGCUGGACAACACUGUAGCUGCCGUUGCAGACGAUGAUGACAUGGACAUGGAGGGCGGAUUCUUUCCCAAUCUCGUCUUGGGCGGAGUCUUGCUCCGACCUUUCCUCAACAAUCUAUUUUGGAAUUUCAACUCGUUUGACAAUGCCGGGUCCUUUGCCGAGGAUGUGCGCGAACCUUCUCGGGUCGUGCCUCGUGCCAUGUUGUGGGGACUCAUCAUGGUUGUCUUGGGAUACAUUCUUCCCAUGCUCGUGGCGUUGGGGACUACCGACGCGGCACCUUCGGAAUGGGUGGAUGGAUACCUCGCCACGGUCUGCACCGAAACGGUCGGGCCCUGGCUUGGACAAUGGUUGGUCUUGGCGGCAGCAUUGAGCAAUAUCGGACUCUUCCAAGCCGAACUCUCCGCCGAUGCCUACAUGCUCAUGGGCAUGGCGGAACGAGGAUACUUACCACAAUUCUUGGCCCAACGCAACCCCAAAACAGGGACACCCACCUACUCGCUCUUUCUGGGGACCAUGGUCAUUGUCGUCAUGGGGGUCUCCAACUUGGAUUCCUUGAUUGAAAUGCUCAACUUCAACUAUGCAUUGGCACUCAUUAUGGAAUAUGCAGCCUUUUUGAAACUACGCAUCUCCAAGCCAGAUGUCGACCGUCCCUACAAGGUUCCUCUCGGUACAUUUGGUUGUGCCAUUGCCUUGAUUCCCACCAUUAUGGCUCUUGUGGCAGUGAUUGCUCUUGCCAGCUACACGACAAUCUGCGUCAAUGCCGUCACCAUUACUUUUGGAAUCCUGGCAUACACACUGACACGACGAAUGCAAGCGUCAAACCAGUAUGAACGGGUGCCAGCCAUGUCCUUUGAUGUAUGA